AUGCCCAGUGAAAAGUCUCUUUAUAUACUUGGAUUCGUAGCUGGAAUUCUUAUUCUUAUUAUAAAUCUUGUAUUAUUUUCUAUGAUUUAUGUUAAAGUACAACAGCAACAACAAAAUCAAGACUUACCAAACAAUGACUUAUUUCCUUUAGAUUGUCCUAUAUUAAUAUUAGGGGCUGGUUUUGGUGGAUCUAAUGUAGCUUAUCGUUUAGCACCUAAAUAUAAAAAUGAUUUAUGUAUAAUUGAACGAGAGAAUUAUGUUGGAGGAAAAUUACAUGAUGUAAAUUUUAAAGGUGAAACCGUUCAGGCAUUUGAAACUAGUAUUGUUCCACUGAGUGCAAUACGAUUUUAUAAAUCCCAACCUGUUUUGGUCCAAUUAGCAAAUGAAUUAAAUAUAACUUCAAGCCGCUAUGCUUUUCGAUCAAGUUUAAUUAAAUCUCGUGGAAAUGUUUAUAGUCAAUACAAUCACAUGUGCAAUUCUUCUUAUAAAAACUUAAACUGUACAGAUGACGCAAAUGGUGUAAACUCUGCUGAUCAAUUAUGGUUAGCUAUGCUAAAUCAAUAUCGUACAUUUCCUGACAGCUUAUCUCAUUUUGCCGAUUUAGCUGCUUUUGCUCGUUCUAUUAUCGGCGAUGAAGCGACUGAGUAUUUACGUGAUACUUUUCUUUUUCAAGGCGAUUUUGAGAACACUCAUCCUAAAGCUUAUAUGGAGUUUUUUAAUCAAGAAUGGAAUCUCCACGGAGAAAGUCUUUUUCCACAUGGUGGAAUGUCUCAGUUUCCAAUAAGAAUGAUUUUAAAUGCCACAACACAAUUCAAUGUUCGAUUAUAUCCAAAUGAAGAAGUAUCGAGUAUUGGAGAUUACAUUGUAAAUGAUAAUCAUGGUUUUCUAUUUUCUGUAGAAACAACACGAUAUAAAAUUCGUGCUAAACAAAUUGUAUGUGCAAUUGAUCCAGUUAAUUUGAAAAACAUCAGAGGUUCUGUAGCACAAGAGAUUAAAUCAACCUUGCAUUUUCAAGCCAUUUUGCCAGUUAAAAUAGUUACAAUUCAAAACUAUUGGCCUAGUAGAUGGUGGGAAGUAACUAAAUUAGUUUUACCAUUAGGUUCAGUUGAUCGAGCUUGGACACGUCAAAAUUGUAUUAAUUCCGUUGUUCUUUCUGUUCAACGUCCUGCAGAUCGCGAUCGGAAUUUGACUCGAUCAGUUCUUGCUGAUGGUUCAUGCGUUAGUGUAUGGGAGGAAUAUAUUCGUAGAACAUCAUGUGAGGAUCUCAUUGAAGAAAUAAGACGAGGACUUCAAGCUAUUUUUCUGGAUGUCAAUAUUCCUAGACCAACAAAAACCUUCUAUAAAGUCUGGCUAGGUGGUUGGCAUUUUCAACAACCUCAUAGUACUUUUACCAAUCAAGAUAUCGCUACUUGGGCUUUGCAUCCUCUAUCAAGAUUUAACCGUGACGCAUUAACUAUGGUUGGAGAAGCUUAUUAUUUAAAUCGAGCUGCUUGGAUAGAUGCUGCUGCAAAAUCAGCUCUUAGAGCUUUAACGUCUCAAUUCAAAAUGAAUUUUCCUUGUUUUGAUCACGAUGAUGCUGAAGGAAGAUUUUGUGCUACAGCAUAA